AUGUCCAAAGAGACAGAGUCACAGCGGGCGAAGGGGCUUUACAGCCUCCCUCCUGAGCUUUUUAUUUCAGUCUGUGGGUAUAUGGACAACAAGUCCUUUGGCAGAUUUCUGCGCACAUGUCGUGGAAUCCAUGCAUUUGGAAAAGAUGAUAUGUUACGGAGGGCCACAGAGGAUGCUUUUGCGCCCCAGCAUGAAUACGACAAGUUUUUGAUAGUGCAUGGUAAUCGGGAAGUGCAUUGCAGGAGUGACCGCUGCCCCAAGUGUACCAAGUCGGAUCCGGUUGUCGAACCGACAUAUUCUUUUUCACGGGAACGCUUGCUGCGUGCGGCUUUAAUUGGUGAUUGUGACACAGUCGAGAAAUAUUUGGCUGCCGGGGUAGAUCCCAAUUUUUACACACUGCAACCACUGCCCCUGUUAUAUCAGCUUUGCGUUGCACAUUCCUACCAACCCGACAAAAUUUUGAAGACUCUGAAGCUCCUGCUAAAAUACGGUGCUGAUCCUAACUUGCCCUUCGGUCAAGACAAGACGCUCCUGGAUUAUGUCGGCCGUCAGGGAUUUUACAUUGCUCAUAAGAAAGCUAAGCUCUUGUUGCACGCUGGCGCAAAGUUCACCACAACCUCGGGUUUUGGAGCCUUGUGCAAAAUUGAACCGGAAUCCACAUCCAGGCACAGGGGCCGAGGCAUCUGGUGCCUUCAGCAAGCGAUACGCAAUGGGAGCGACCUUUUUAAUUUGGAACAUGAUAUGGUCUUCCCUCAGCCUGCCCUGUAUUACCGCCCUACAGGUAUUCCGGGCGCACCGAUGUCCCUUUUGCAUAUAGCCGUCACAUAUGGAAAAAGCCAAACAGUACAACUUCUUCUAGACCACGUGCCGCACCUUAUGGACACAAGUACUGGUGAAGUUCUUUGUGAAGCUUUGGUUCAAGAGGAUAAGGAAAUGGCAAUUUUCUUGCUCAAGAAGGGCGUUUCAAUAAAGAAUGUGGCGCCUAAUGUGAAGAAUCCACUACCGACCGCAAUUGAUAUCGAAGCAUAUGAUGCUAUGCAGAUGAUAUUGGACCACCCUGACCUGGACCUGAGCGACAAUGACGUGGCUUUGGGUAUGGAGUCCGCGUUUUGCUCUGAAUAUUACGAAUUUAUGGAGCUAUUACUGCAUGACCCUCGCUUUGGUCACCGUUUUCUCCGAGCUGCCCGAGUUGACGAAUGGAAAGAGGCUGAGAUGGUGAAUUCCUUGGGGGAUGAUUAUGAAGAAGGAGCUGAAAACGAAUUUGAGCAUGAGUUUUUGAUCCGCCCGUGGUUGCAAGACCAGAGACAAAUGUUGCGUCUUGUAAAGAGGAUGAUGGCGGAACAGGUUUCUAGUUCAUGA